AGUAGUAAUAGUUGGAUUGUAAUGGAUAGUGAUAAGAUAUUACAGGGGAAGAAGUAUGUGUUUGUGACGGUUGGUACGACGAGAUUCGAAGAGUUGAUACAGGAGGUCGAUAAGAAGGAGUUCCAUCAACUACUCAAGAGUUUCGGUUAUAAUGCAUUGUUGAUGCAGAUUGGUGAUAGUAAAUGUUCAAUAGAGAACUCUAUCAAUGUUGAUGAUCAUACAUCAACUACAUCAACUACAUCAUCAACAAUCAAUGGAUUCACAUCAUAUUAUUAUCGAUUCAAACCUUCAUUAUUCAAUGAUAUGAAUAAUAGUACACUUAUAAUCAGUCAUGGAGGAUAUGAUCAUUCAGGUUCUGGAUCAAUCUUGGAAGCUUUGGAAGCACAUAAACCAAUAGUUUGCGUUACGAAUAGUAGAUUGAUGCAUAAUCAUCAGGUGGAGUUGGCAGACAGACUGGCACGUUCACCUUAUAGCUAUUUAUUGCCAUGCGAGCCGGCAACAUUACAUACAGUGGUCAAGGAUGAUUUGAAGUCAUACCUGGCCACAAGACAACAAUUGAAUGAUAAGGUGAUCGAUAGAUCAUUGCGCCAAUUCUGUAGACAACUCACCGAGCAGACAGAGUCACUGGCGCCACAAAGCAGCGCCAAUGGUGGUGGACUCAAGACCAUGGUUGUCUUGGGAUCUGGUGGUCACACUGCCGAGAUGUUCUAUCUAUUGAAGCAUGUUGAUCGCGACAGAUUCAAUCACAUGACCUAUGUCUUGGCCGACUCGGACAAGCGGUCAGAGGACAAGAUCCACAUCAAUGACAAGUCUGGCAAGCUCUCAAUCAAGAAGAUUCCAAGGAGUAGGAAGGUUGGCCAAUCAUACUUUGGAAGCAUAUGGACAACUUUGAUAUCAUUGAUGUAUUGCUUGUUGUUGGUAUUCAAGGAGAGACCAGAUGUUGUUAUUUGUAAUGGACCUGGUACUUGUGUGCCCAUCGUGGUCGCAGCAUACAUGUUUAGGUUUGUCGGACUGAAACGAUGUAAGAUAGUCUAUUACGAGAGUAUAGCACGUGUCAAUGGACUAUCACUGUCUGGAAAGAUAUUGCAACGUGUUGCCGAUUGGUUCGUCUAUCAAUGGCCUGAACUGGAGCAUCAAAUCAAGAUGAACAACAAGUGUUGUAACAACAUAUUCUUUGAAGUGGAGCAACAGCAAAAGUUACAGCAACAGCAGCAAUCAACAUCAUCAACAAGUCGUGCUGCUGGCAACAAGAAGGCU